AUGGAAAGGAUAGCUUUAGCUUUAUCUUUUGUUAUGGGAGCGAUAAUUGGUUCCGGGAUAUUCAUUUCUACAAAAGGAGCCUUGCAGAAUUCUGGAUCAAUCGGGUUAUGUUUGUUUAUAUGGGCACUGUGUGGUAUUUUGUCUAUAAUUCUAGGACUUGUGUAUGCAGAGUUAGGUGUCAUGCUUCCAAAAUCUGGUGGAGAUUAUACCAUUAUUAAAACUGGAAUAGGACGUGUCCCCGCAUUCCUUGUUUCGUGGACGGAAAGCAUUGUGUCUCCAGGCGGCAGCACUGUUCAGGCGCUGGUUUUUGCGGACUAUGUUUGUGCUCCCAUAUUCGGAAAAUGUGGGGCUCCAAACAGUAUAAGGAAGUCUAUUGCUGCCGCAGAACUUCUGAUUCUUGCCAUAACAAACACUAUCAGCGUCCGGCUCGUUUCAUCCAUGCAAGGACUUUUCACAGUUCUGAAAGUUAUGGUCCUUGUCAUCAUUAUUGUUGGUGGAUUUGUCUCCCUCUUCGAAGGCAAGACUGAAAAUUUUAAUGAUGCAUUUCAAGGUUCUACCAAUGACGUCACUUCCAUAUCGCUGGCAAUUUACAGUUGCAUGUGGGCGUAUGGCGGAUACACAAACCUCAAUGAGAUUGCUGAAGAACUAAUUCAACCGAAGAAAAAUAUUCCAAGAGCAAUUGUUUUAUCAAUGACAUUUAUAACUAUGAUUUACAUGUGCACAAAUGUUUCAUAUUUUACAAUAUUGAGCAAAUCUGAAUUCCUGUCAGUUUCUGCUGUAGCAUAUAGCUGGGGCGAGAAAAUUCUUGGAACGGCUGCUAUAAUCAUACCAAUAGGUCAUCAAAACCGUAUACGAAGGUCAAUCGUUGGGACAAAUGUAGCCUUCUUUGCAUCGAUUACAAAUAGUAUUCACCACUUAGGAAAAGAUCAGGAUAUUGUGUUUGACCACGUUGUCACAAAUAUUGGCAAUGCAUAUAACCAGCACCAUGGGACGUUUGUGGCACCAGUCGGCGGGACGUACGUAUUCUCUGUGACGUUACAGCAAGAUGGUGAAACUACUUGGGGACAUUUUGUGGUGAAUGGGGCAGUCGUGGCAAAGUUAUAUUUAAAAACUGGCCAGGGUGCGUCACAGACCAUUGUCGUUAACCUUAGCACAGGUGACGACGUCUCGGUUCAAAAUACAGAAAUAAACAGAGGGUUUUAUGGAGAUCUGUACAGUACAUUCAGCGGAUUCUUGUUGAAUGAAGAUCUUUCGGACACUCAAAUUAUUGGUUAA